AUGACGGCUCCUCGCUGCAUGCGGCUUCUACCGCAUCUUGGUCUAAGCAAAGUGGCAGUGGGAGGUCAAGAUGGAGUCCUCCAAGUCUUCUCUUUAAAAAAACAUGAAAUACAGUUCUCCUUUAAGACUUUACCCGGGGACCCGAUCUCAGCUCUUCAGCUUGGUGGCACUAUUGGAGCUCCUCAAGAUAAGAUAUUUGUUGCAUCCAAGACCGAAGUGAGAGGCUUUUCGAAAAAGGGUAAACUAUUUCUGGGCUUGGACACUAACAUGACCGAGCACAUCAAAUCCAUGCAGGUGAGUGGAAUUGACUUGAUGGUAGCCGGCAACCAUCUCUUCAACCACUACAGAAACUGCAAGGACGUCAAUUCUUACCUCUCCAGUGAUAACAUCAAUGAUCUUCAAGUAAUGUCUUUAGAUAAGAACCACAGAUUGGUAUCUGUGCUGGCUUGCGAGGACAGACUGUUACGGAUUAUCGAGAGAUCAGCGAUGAGUCAAACUUUCCCGUUGCACAGUGCUCCAGUGGUACUUAGCCUUUUGGGUGAUACGGGCGGUGAAGGAGGAGAGGGGCUUGUCGUUGCUAUGGAAAAUGGAGACAUUGGUCUUGUCCAAGUGAACAGGACAAUGUCAGAUUGGAAAUGGCUUAUCCAAAAUACUAAGAAGAGAGACUCAGUAAGAUGUAUGUGCUGGUAUGAUCUGUACAAAGAUGGAACUAAGCAGCUGAUAGUGGGCAGGGACGAUGGAAGCAUUCAAAUAUAUGGGGAGCCUUUGGAAGGAAUGGGAGAAGCUUAUAUAGAAAAGUAUAAUUAUGUUUGUAAUGAAAGUAUAACUUCAAUUCAGGCAGGAACAGUAGGAAAUCCAGCUUUCGAUGAAAUAGUUGCAACCACUUAUACAGGAUGGUUUUUUGGUCUCACGACUGAGGUUUUGGAGAAACAAGUAAACUGGGAAAAUAACAACAUGAACAUUAAAAUGGCACCUGAAGAAAAACAAAAGAUCGAGCACUUACGGGUGGAAAUAGAAGAAAUUGAAAGGUCACUAACAAAAGAAAGAGAAAGAUAUCAAAUGACAACAUCUGAAGAUUCCAUUGGGAUGUCGACAAUUCUAAACUUGGCAAUAAAUGAUAAAAUGACAUUUGUUAAGGAUGAUUACGCUUUUAUCCUGAGCUUGGAGACAGAAGCACCAAUUGACAACGUUCUCCUGCAGUCUGACAUUAAUAUUAAACUUCUUGAUGUCGAGAAGAAUUCAGCAGUUGUUAGUCACAGUUAUUGCAGUCCUCAUAGUGGUAACAAGCUCCUGGCUACAUAUCGAUGCCAAAUUGACACAUCAAGAUUGAAUCUCAAUUUGCAAUAUGGCAAUGAGUUUGGUAUGCUAAAUGUGUACGUUACCCCUCACGUCAAACCGAAGACUACUCACUUGAAAACGUACAUCUUGAGGCGGCUGGGAAUGCUUACCAGGAUUCACGACACUGUCGAUUUUGUAUCUUUCCACGUGCUACGGCUGAAAGGAACCUUUACAUUAGCUGAAAUGCACAGCUUCGUUUCCGUGUGUUUGCCUCAAGUUCCUGAUAAAAUGCCAACAACCAAUAAAAUUAUGUACUGUUACGAAUCAUCAUUUAGUGGGACACAGCUGAAGUGCCAAUAUAUAAAAGGAGAAGCAGAAUUUCAAUCAGAUGAUAUUACUAUUAUAUCCAACUUAAAAGACUUUCUCACUCAGCAAGCAACCAGAAAGAAGACACAUCUGGAAAUAAGUUUUGAGUUGAAUACUGAAUGCAUGAAAAGAGUAUUAUCCAAAAUGUAUCCAAGGAUGAAAGAAGAGCUAGAGGAACAAAAACAAGCUCUAUUAUUCGAAGCUUUAAAAGAUAUUGAACAGAAUGAAGGGGAAAAUACAAUGUAUCUUACUCCGUAUUGCAGAAGUAUUAUUGAAAAACAAACUAAAAUGUCUGCAAAUAAAACGUUGAAUUGGAAUAGAUUGGAAAGAAUACAAGAAUACAUAAUGAAUCUUCUCAGUGAUUGGUUUAAAUUCCAACAAGUUAAUGUAAAAACAAAAUUAGCAAAAUUAAAAGAAAAUCUUAACGAAUGCACUCUCGAAGAUAUAAUGACUUUUUUUGAAAAUACUGAAUAUGAUCGAAGUGUCAUUAAUAGCCCAACUGUUUGA